AUGGAUGAAGCGCAUCAGAAUGCUGAAUCGUUCAAUUUGACAACUAAUUCUAAGACAAAUGAUGAUAAGGACAUUGCAAAACGAAACCAAAAGAAAAGAAGAAACAAAAAAAAUAAGGAAAAUCAGAAAAAUCAGAAAAAUCAGAAAAAUCAGAAAAAUCAGGAAAAUCAGAAAAAUCAGGAAAAUCAGAAAAAACAGGAAAAUCGAAAAAACGACUCAAAUAUUCCUAUCGAACAAAGUGCAAAUUAUAAAGAUGAAAUAAUAGAAAAGAGGACCCCAGAAAAUAAUGGAAAUGGAGACGAUUCCGAAAAAGGGGAAGAAAAAAAAAAACGUGAUGAGGAUGCCACAAAAUCCAAUCAAAAUGACUUUAAAACUAAUUCUCCAAAUGAAAGUUUUGAACAAAAUGCAACGGAACAGAAUAAAUAUAACCAAGCGGACGUUGAAAAUAAAAAUAAAAAUAAUGCGUCACAUAAAAGUGUAGAUAUUAUUAAAAGAAUUGAUAGUAACAAUAAUAAUAAAAAUGUGAUGUUGAAUAAGCAAAAUGGAGAGAGAGCCAUAUUUAAUUCUCAAUGCGUAGAUGUAGAAAAAGAAAACAAGUUAACUAAACCAAAGCUAAAAAAAGAAACAAAUUUUUUAGAUAAAUUUCAAAAACAAUUUACAAGAUCAGAUAGCACAAAUAGUAAUUUGAUAAAAAUAGAUCAAAAAAAUGAAGAAUGGGAUGAACAAAAUAAAUGGAGUUUUUCAAAUUUAGUUACAAAUAUAAAAUCAAUAGUUAUAAAAAAUUAUAUAUAUGUUGCUAAAAGAUGCGGUAUGCCUAAUCAGCCUAACAAGCCUGGUCCAGUAAUAGCAAUUAAUAUUGAAAAUACAAAAAAUAAUUCAAAUAGAAACAUUAUAAUACAAACACCAUGCGUUUAUGAAAAAUAUACGAUAAAAGGAAAAUUAUUGCAACACAAAAGCUUAUAUCCAAAUACCAUCACUUCUAUGGUUUAUGGAAAUAUAGGUGGUAUUGGGAAAGUUAUUAUUUUAGGGACGCAAAGUGGAUAUAUACUGAUUUAUAAAGUUGAAAUAUUCGAAUGUAUACUAAAAUUAAAUACAAAAAAAUCUUUAAAAAAUUAUUUUAACAAAAGUACACAAAGAAAUUCAAUGGAUAAUUGGUAUUAUCAAAAUAACAUUGCAAAUUAUUGUAAUAAUCUUAACAAUAAAUAUUUUCCUGAUAUUUUUGAUGGCUCUUCUUCUGAAAUCGAAACAAAUGAAAUAAAGAAUGGAUCUAACCAUCCCAUUGAUAAUAGCAAUUUGUCUUAUCAAAUAUCCGGUAUAUCUGUAAAAUCCACUUUUGCAAAUUUUAUUCAUUGGAUUAUUGCGGGGAAUAUGAAAGGGCAUAUUUUCAUAUGGGAAGUUCCGAGUGGAAAUAUUAUAAAAAUUUUAAUGCAUCCAAUGUAUAUGUUUUCAAAUACGAAAAAUGUAAUAAAUCCGUUAAACUCAGAUUAUUAUAAAGCUUUUGAUGGAAAUAUUAACUACAAAAAAAGGAAAAAAAAAAAAGCACAUUUAAGUAAAAUAAAAGGUAAAACAUUGAAAAAUUCGAAUCCCAUUAAUAUUCCAAAUUCUAAUAUAAGCAUUCACAGUACAGGUAAAAUUGAGAGCUCUAAAGAAUCAAGUAGCUACAGUUUUAGUGAAAGUAGUAAUAGCGAUAUAGAAGAAAAAAGUCAAAUAGACGAAAAUGAAGAAAAUUAUAGUGAAUAUUCGGAUAAUCAAUAUGUGACUGAUUCAGAAAGAAAUAAUUCUGAAUAUAACUUAAGUGAAAAAAUUAAAAAAACAAAUAUGAUUGGCAAUAAAAAAAAUGUAUAUGAUAAAUGCUAUGUAUCUGCAAUCCUUGCAAUUACACAUAAAUACGAACUUUGGGUUGGAUUUGGUAAUGGAUACAUAGCAGUAUAUGACUUAUAUGAUUUUCAAUUACUUUUAUAUACAUGUAUAUCAAAAAAACCAAUCAUGGAUUUAAAAUAUUCUAAAAUAUUAGAAGGGGUUCUUAUAUUAAUUGGAAAUGAUUAUAUAUCAAUUUGGGAUACAAAAUCUUUAAAACAAAUUAAAAAAAUUCCAACUAGCCAAAUUACUAAAAACCUAUCAUUAUCAUCAAUAUAUAUAUUAGAACCACCAAAUUCAUGGAAAUAUAAACAAGCCAUAUUGAUUUCGGGAUGUAAUAAUGGAUCUGUAUGUAUAACAAGUAUUAAAAAAAAAAUUGAUGGAGAACUUAUUUUUGCAUAUAUUAAGACAUAUACAAAAAAUUUUGAACCAUAUGUUCCUAUCAGUUAUAUACACAUUGAUCCAAAUAUUAAUGUAGCUUUUGCUGGUGAUGCUAGUGGUGUAGUAUUUACUGUACCACAAAUUUUAAAUACUUUUAAGUAUGAUAACAAUUCAAAAUGA